ACCGAGUGACGUCAAUGCCACAAUGGCGGAGGUUAAGAAACUGAAAGAGGAAAAUAAAGUUAUACAGCAUGAAGCGGCAAAUCUCCUGCGACAAGUAAUUGACGUGAAAGCAGAUGUAAAAGCUAUCCAAGAACAAAGGAAUAAAUCGGUCAUGUUUAUGGCUCACUUCUCCACCAAUCAAACUAACGUUCGGAACGACACGGCCCUGGUUUUCGACAAGGCCGAGCUAAACGUCGGGCACGCUUACAACAAAGCGUCGGGCAAAUUCGUGGCGCCCAUGCUGGGCGUGUAUAUGUUCCACUCGCAGAUUCAAGGCCACAACGACGGCGUCGUUUACGUACGCAUGCGCAAAAACGGAGAGGACGUCGCGGAAAUAUACACGGCGAAAGACGACGGCAAACGGGACGAGUCCGGAAGUACACACGCCCUGCUGUUGCUAGGCACCGGGGACGAGGUUUGGAUGCAGCGAGCGGGAGACGCCGAUUCCUACUAUGGAAAUUUCCGAAGCCAUUUUACCGGAUACAUGUUGAAGGCCCUGUGAAAUGCGCAGUGAUGCAACACAAAUUUAACCAGGACUACGUUCAGCCAACCGGUUUUUUUUUUUUUUUUUUUUUUUUUGCUAAACGUUUGCAAACUAUUUUGACUGGUUCCCGAAGUGGUAGUUCGAUUUACUGUGUAGCGUAAAAACCAGUCUAGCGAACGUUAGAAACAAAUGGCUGGCUAAACCUAACGCUCAUUUCACCUUUGGUAAUUCCGGCUCGCUGUUUCUGUUUGUCUUCAUUUGUAUAUCGUACUUUUUCUAUGUCAGACUACACAAUUAAAUACACAUCUUACUACCUAUCAAUCCUCUGAUCUUCGUUAAUAGAU